UCCCAAAAGGCCAAAACACAAGCCUCCAAGAACUAAGGCCAAGAGAAGCAACAACGGCCAUGACUACAUCUCCUGUUCCUUCCCAAGCCGACCACGUUGCCAUCUUCCCGCUCAUGGCGAAAGGCCACACCAUGCCGCUGCUGGACCUCGCCUGCGUCCUGCGCGGCCGGGGACUCGCAGCCGUCACCUUCGUCACAACCCCGGGCAACGCCGCCUUCGUCCGCGCCGCUCUGCGGCAGGGCGGGGCCGGCGACGCGGCCGUCCUGGAGCUGGCGUACCCGGCCAGCAGCGCGCCCGCGGGCGGUGAGGGCGCCGAGGGCGUCGCCUCGGCGGCCUCCUUCGCUGCGUUCGCGGAGGCCACGUCGGCGCUCCGGCCGCGGUUCCAGGAGGCGCUCGCGGCGCUGCGCCCGCCCGCGAGCCUCCUCGUCGCCGACGGCUUCCUGUACUGGGCGCACGCGUCGGCCGCCGCGCUCGGCGUCCCGAGCGUGUCGUUCCUCGGCACGUCUGCGGUCGCGCACGUCGUCCGGGAGGCGUGCGUGCGGGACAGACCGGGAGCCGGUGCCGACGUCGGCGCAUCCGCUGGCGCCACCACGUGCUACACGGUGCCGGAGUUCCCGCACCUCCAGUUCUCCCUCCGCGACCUCGUGCCGCCGCCGCCACAGAUGAUACACCUGGAUGCUAAGAUGGCGGCGGCCGUCGCGGCGAGCCGCGGCCUCAUCAUCAACACCUUCCGUCAACUCGAAGGCCGCUACAUAGAGCACUGGAACCAGCACAUCGGGCCUAGGGUCUGGCCUAUAGGCCCUCUGUGUCUGGCCCGGCAAUCCUACUCCCCCGGCGGCACCGGCAGUCAACAACGACACGACGCCAAGCCCUCCUGGAUGCAGUGGUUGGACGACAUGGCGGCUGCCGGGAAGCCUGCAGUGUACGUCUCACUGGGGACGCUGGCAUCCAUAUCACAGGCGCAGCUGAAAGAGGUGUCCGACGGGCUAGACAGUGCCGGGGUGAAUUUCCUGUGGGCUGUGCGGCGGCCUGACAACGCCGAUGAUCUUGGCACGGGGUACGAGGACCGUGUUGUUGGACGAGGCAAGGUGGUCAGAGAAUGGGUGGACCAACGGCGGGUCCUCCGGCACCCAAGCAUCCGAGGAUUUCUAAGCCACUGCGGGUGGAACUCGGUGCUGGAGAGUGUCGCCGCGGGUGUCCCCUUGGUAGCAUGGCCGUGCGACUUCGAACAGCCUAUGAACGCGAAGUUCGUCGUCGAUGAGCUGCGCAUCGGCGUUAGGGUCCAUACCAGCGACGGAGCGGUUGGAGGUUUGGUCAAGAGCGAGGAGAUCGCGACGGCGGUCAAGGAGCUCAUGUUUGGGGAGGCAGGAAAGGCGAUGGCACUGAGAGCGAAAGGGAUAGCAGCACAGGCUCGGCUAGCCGUGUCAGAUGGUGGGUCGUCAUGGAAGGAGGUCGAGGAGAUGAUUAGUGAGCUACGUCUACGUGGGGUAGAUAUGAAUGGAAAAGCCAACGGAGGUACCUGUGCAAGCAUACUGUAGUACCGUACAAGGGAUAACUCAAAAAGAAAUGGUGUGUUGGAUCUUUGCACUACUUUGGUUCUGACUUCUGAACCUCUGCUGUAGCUCCUUUUCUAAAGUGCUUUUUGUAAAGAAAGUUCUCCUGUGGCCACCAGAGCAAAAGCAAGUUUUCA